GAUUUCACCGUAUUCUACUUUUUGCCACUAUCAGAGGAAUAUCGGAGAGAAUUCGAAGUCUAAUUGUUUUUACACUUUUAGGGUUAGGCUGUUGAAGAACCAGAAUUUUGUUUCCUCGCGAUGAAUUGAAAUGCUGAGACGAUCUGUGAAUUGCAUUGUAAAUUGGUCGAAGAUAAACGAUUCCUUUUUCUUUUUAUUUCAUAUGUUGCGUUUGGUUUUAGUUGCAUUGUGUCAGCGCUGAGUGUGAAUACUUACGUUUAAGUGAGAUACGGAAAUUUGGCACAAUUAAUUAAUUGUUAUUGAUGAGAGAGCAUUUCAGAGUCCUCAUGGUUCAGAAUUUAGAUUCGGUAGGCUAUGCUUGUGUAGGUGGUUAAGCACCAUGGGGGUUUUACUGACAAAGAAGAGUGGUUUUUGCUUAUGAAGUAGUCGAGAAGCACUGCUGCUAUUUGAGUGUCUUCGUUUUGAAUUUUCUGGUGCAAGUGAGUUGAUGAUAUAUAUUUUAUAUACCAACAUAUGUGAACAGUUUAACACCUUUUACAUAUUGGGUUAGCUGGAAGAGUAACAUGGACAAUAUUCACGGGAGCAAUGCCCAAAUGCAUAUGAGUGAUGCUCAACAUCCCAUGCAUGUCCACUACAAACAUCACAGUCUGCAACAUGUGAGCAAUGGGGAUGUGAUGGGAAAUGAGCUUGAUGAUGGUAAUGGUGGUGGUGGAGGAGUGAGUGAGGGAAUGGAGGGGGACAUGGGAUCUCAUCCUGGCAAUCUCUCUGAUAACCAUAGUGAAAUUGUUGUCCACGGCAAUGAAAAUGGGGACCAGUUGACGUUGUCUUUCCAGGGUCAGGUUUAUGUGUUUGAUUCUGUCUCACCAGAAAAGGUACAAGCUGUGCUUUUGUUGUUGGGGGGCCGUGAAGUUCCACAGACCUUAUCUGCUAUCCCAGUGAACUCUCAUCAUAACAAUAGGGCUUUAUCUGCUACUCCACAACGGUUUAGUGUUCCCCAGCGGUUGGCCUCAUUGAUCAGAUUCCGUGAGAAGCGAAAAGAAAGAAAUUUUGAUAAGAAAAUUCGUUAUACAAUCCGUAAGGAGGUAGCACUUAGGAUGCAACGAAACAAAGGUCAAUUUACAUCUUCAAAGUCUAACAACGAUGAUUCUGCAUCAGGGGCAUCUGGCUGGGCCUCGGACCAGGGCUGGAGUGUGGAUGGCACUGGCUCUCAGAGUCAAGAGAUUGUUUGUCGACAUUGUGGCAUUAGUGAGAAGUCUACACCAAUGAUGCGACGUGGGCCUGAAGGGCCAAGGACACUUUGCAAUGCUUGUGGGCUUAUGUGGGCAAACAAGGGAACUCUGAGGGACCUCUCCAAGACAGCAUCUCAAACUGGACAAACUUCUUCCUUGAAUAGUAAUGAGGAGGGUGGAAAUUUUGAGGCUGAUCAAAUGGUUAGACUUGCGGGAAAUGUUAGUGACCCCUCAUGAUGGCUGUUUUUGGCUUAGUGCUCAUCCGGAGGAAUUUGAUGGAAAUGGGAGUGAUUGGGCAGUUAAGUUUUUUCAUUGGGCUCUACAUAACCACAUAAUGUUGGCUGCAUAUCACCACAUAGAAUUGCUGUGGAAAGAGCAAGUUAACCAGUGUUUCUGUGUUCUGGCCUUUUUGACAUACUGGUUUCCAUCGAGAAUAGAGACAAAUGAGUAAGAUGCAGGCAGUGACAAUCCACUCCCAUUUACUCAUACUCUUUGUACUUUUCAAAGCAGUAAUUUCUGUAAAAUUGACAUGUGAAGUGGUUACUAGAUAAACUUUAGUCUAAUAGCUAAUUCAUCAAAGAAAACUGCCUUUUGGGUGAGCGCUGACUUCUAGUCCAGUUGUGUAUCUCUGGUCUCUUUCCAAAGAGGUUCAGGUUUUAUGCUGCAGGUAGGUUAAAAAAUGGCCAAUAGGUUGGUUGCUUUUUUUGGAGAGUAGACUGUAGAAGGAUAUAUCAACAAUAUGUGAGCUCUUUUUUGCAUUUUGUAGCUAAAAAGUUCUUUGCAUUUUUUUUGUGAAGCUGAUUUUCCUGAACUCCUCAAUUCUCAAUGCAAAGAAAAUUCAUCAAAA